AAUGGAGCGGCGAUUUCAAUUUUACUAUUUUGAAAUUUUAUUACUAAUCUACAUGUAAACAAAUGAGCAUUUUCAACGGUAAUUUUGCCUUCUUAGCAUGCAAAAAUUGUGGAAUAAACUACUGGGAAAGCUGAGUUUUAUCUUUGAAGUUACCAGUUCCAAAAUUCCUGCAAAUAAUCGACUGAAAUCCCAAUGAAAGUCCGACUGAGUUGGCGUAAUUGAAAGCACAUGUCAUCAAUCAACAAUGCCAAACAAUGUUCUUUCGGAGGCAUUUUCAAAGGAAUCAACGGUUACAUUUGAAUGAGCCUUAGUCCCAAGGUAGAAUAAGGUAUUGUAAAGACAUGUAACAUGUUUUAAAAUAGAUUCAUUAAUUUUUAAACAGUUUAGGGGCAUUUGUAUCGAAGAAUGUUUAGCGGGUAGACGUGUAUAUUUCGCGUGCACUAAAAAUGUUAGUUUAUAUGGAUAUUGGCUUUCAUCUUUCAAGUGGUAUUUUUAUUGAUUACUUCAAAACGGAAAUGUACUUGACGCAAUUGUAUCAAAAUGUCAUCGUGAUAUACUGAUAUAUAUAAUAUAUAGUGCUAUUGUGCUAUUAUAUACUGUUAGUUUAUACUGUAUAUACUAGUUUUGUUAUAUAUAUAUUUUGCAAUUUUACUUGUAUAAAAUGCUAGCAGCUGAUGCAUGCAGGUCAUGGAUAUUGGUGGAUUUCAGAAAGCAUUGCAGUAGGUACAUGGCAUUAGAUGGUGCAGUCAACUUCAGAUAUGUUGAUCAUUUUACAGGUGUAAAAAAUUAAACCUCGCUGUUCUCAGUUAUGUACAUUUGCCAGCCAAUACAAGACCACUACAUAUAUAUCAUGAAAAGAACUUACAUUUUCCCACUCUGGUAUUAACUGCCAGUUGGCCAACAUCUGCUUCACAAUAAUGCUUAGUGAAACCUUAUGGGUAUCUCACUCGAUACAACUAACUAUUGAAGGGUAUUUGAGAGUGUAAAUUUUGUACAUUUAAGACCUAACCAGGCCCAGCUGCAAAAAAUUUGCCUCCCAGAGGGCCUAUACUGUAGUUGCAUUUUUUGCAGCUGCUCUUAGUGAAAGUCACCUAUAAAGUAUCGUAGACUGAAGUACAGUAUGAUUGUUAUACAGUUAUAAAAUAAUAAUAAUUUCAAUUCUACAUAUUUCCAAUUUAUAGCAUUUUGCAGCUUUUUUGUUUUUCCCAUGUACAUAAAUAAAAUCUUCCACACAAAUAAUUUGUUGACUCUGUCGGUUCUAUGUUGUUCCCCAUAAAGGUCCAAAUAUAACGUCCGUGAUACUUCAGUGUUAUUUCAACCUGUGGUGUUUGAGUCAAAUUGAAAGGCAGCAUUCUUUUGUCACAUGUGACUGAGCCAUAUAAUAAUCAAACAAUGUCGAUCGCAAGUACAUCUUACAUGAAUUGAACCCUGGUCUCAGAGGUAAACAACACCAAGACCGGAUUUUGGUGGAAAUAGUGGCGGAGGUGGGGAAAAAUUUAGGGAAGGUGCAGCAGUCUAGCUCACGACCCCCAUAGAAAGUUUGGGCUUACUGUGUAAUGGGCUGUAUAAUGAUGUGACGUAUGCAUGUAGUGUACAUAUAUGUAUCAGUGUAUUAAUGAAUUAUGACUGUACAAUUACUAGAAAGCUUCUUUCAAAACAUUGCAUUAAAAGGGUACUUGACACAGAGAUACAGAAAAACUCUUGUGAGAAACCAAAAAAAAAUGUCUAAUUUUCACUUUGAUCUAUCAUUGAAAAUUUCCCAAGGGGAGGUGCAAAACCAUCUCCCCUCAAAAUCCGGCCACGAACGACAUAUGCCCUAACCACUGUGAUAGGCUUAUAACUGGUUCUUUGAACUACAUGUUAUGUCUGCCUCCAAGUCGAUGAAAAAAUGUCCUGGAGCAUUUGAAUCAAAGGCCCUUUAUUAGAAGAAUUAAGUACUAAGGCUUGUCUUUAGCGUAAGGCUUGUCUUUAGCAAAUAUAAAAUACAUUAGACUUUCUAUCUAUUGUUAGAUUUUACUUUGGGUCCUUUGUCAUAUUUGGAUUGGUCUCGUUGCUCAUGGCAGAUUCUGAUUCAUGGCAUGACGACACAGACCUUCCGCACUCGUCAAGCCGCAGAUCACUGCGAACCAAUCAUCUUCGAUCGCCUCGUCGAAAUGCCACAUUCAGACGAUCCAUGCUCGAUGAUGAUGCCAGAGACAAAGUCCAAGAUUUAACGACCUCGUUAAGAGCGACAUCCGAGGUGCUAACGACUGCUGAUCGUAUGCUGGAACAUUAUAGGAAUAUUAAUAACGAUCAAGAUGAGGAGAUUCGAAGAGUAAGAAAAAUUGAAAUAUUUUGAGCAAAGCUGGCUGGCUUUCUGGCAUGCCUUCAGAAUAGCCUCCUAAGUGUGCAUGCUGGUCCAGUGAUUGUUAUAUUUGUAAGAGGGUUUUGCUGGGGUAUAUCUUCACUCAAUUUCGGUUACCGUCAGUCGUGAAAGCACCAAAAAUUUACCGUGAAGCGUGAGGAAAAAAUACUGUUUAUCGUUUCCGAGAACACUUUUCAAAGAUUUACCGUUAAAAUACAAAAAUUUUACCGUUUACUGAUUUUCAGACCCCCCAUCUAGACCCUCUUGUAAUAGCCAGAAUUCUAUACAAAAAGUCAUGUUUCUCCAAAAAUGCGAGAAAUGGUAUUUUAGAGAUUCUACUCAGUUUUACAAUUUUCCAUGGGGGCAUUUCCCUUGGACCCCCCUCCCCCCAAAUGACUUGUCUUGCAAAUCAGUGCUUUGCAGUUGUAACUGAAAUGUAUAUAAUUUUGCAAUAGAAAGCAUGGGGUCGUCAUAGUUUAAUAUAGCUUCAAUAGUUGUAAUAGAGUAAGAUUCAGUUGUUAAACUUGUUACAUUUCAGUUGCGAUCAGAGCUCGAUCAUUCCACCGAACGCAUUCAAAGAAGACGCAGUGAACAACAGAACCGAGCAAAGCCUCAGGUAUCAAGACGAUUGAAAGCUAAUGGAUGAAUUCCAGCUGUAGACUAAAUUUUGAUCUAGGCAAGAAGAACAAAACAACCACCACAGCUAGAAAGAGCAUGUUAAAAUGAGUGAAAUUGCAAAGUUUGGCCGCGAAAUGUUGUGAAAUGAGGAAAAUAUGGUCCUACGAAAUUUGCAAAUUUUGUGUUAGAGAGUUUAAGCUUCACGUUUCCGGGAACGGCAAACUGCAGCCUGGUUCGAAGUUUCUUGGCAAAAUUUUCGUUGAACGUUUUUGUUUCAUAGUUUCUUUCUUAAUUGCGUCGAAAGAAUAAUUAUGGUAUGUAUAUCAGUUUUAAAACAGCAAGUUUAUAUUUACUCUUUAUUGCCUGAUAUCGUAAAAUUUUUCCUUGCCUGGCGUUUGACGUUUGACCGUAUAACGGGAAGCUUAAACUCUCUACUAAUUUGUAUUACGCACGGGGAAAUGCACCACUUUUGUGCCGAAAGUGUUGCAUUUUCCCGCGCGUAAUACAAAUUAAUACAAAAUUUGCAAAUUUCGUGGGGCUAUAUUUUCCGCAUUUUGCAACAUUUCGCGUCCAAACUUAACAUGCUCUUCCUAGCUGUGAUGAUGAAUUUUGUUCUUCGCGCCUAGAUCAAAAUUUAGUCUAUAAUUGGAAUCACUGUCUAUUGAAAGAUCAGAUUUUAGCAUUAACGUUUUUCAUAAAUUUGUUGUACAUCUUGCAGGUUAGGUUUGCUGACCAGAACAAUCCUGAGGUAAACUUAUUUACACUAUUUCAUAUACUGAUCGUUUCUAUACUGCUCAUGACAACUACCGUUUUUUCCUCUUUAAAGCCAAGCGACAAUUUCCGUGAUUCGUUAAAAGAUUUGGAAAGUGAACAACGCAGACUUGCGAAGGAAAUUGGAAGAGACAGAGAGGACCGCGAAAGGUAAGGAGAUGGACUCUUGUAUAUGUUUAACCCCUUUAGUGGUGCUAAAAAUCCAAACUGGACGAAGGCCAGAAGGCGCGUAGCUCAGUUGGAAGAGCAUUGGGCUGGUAUUCCAAAGGUCUAUAUAGGUUCGAUUCCCACUGUAGCCAGGCAUAUUUUUCAAGCUUGCCCGGUGUGGAUAUACACUCAGAGUAACAUCACAAACAUCAUAUUCACCUGAGUACAUAACACCAACACAGAAAUCAAAAUCAUGUGACAUUGCUGUUAAAACUAUUUGCUCAAUUAUCAUGCUUUACAUUGCUUGUAUAAUGAAACAUAAAUUUUGAUCUAGUCAAGUCUAGACAAAAAUUUUAUCACAGCUUGAAAGAGCAUCACAAAAUUAGUAAUAUUCCAAAGUUUCGUUGCGAAAUGUUGUAAAAUGCGGAUAAUAUAGCCUUGCGAAGUUUGCCGUUCUUCAGUCAUUUUGUACUACAAAUGGGAAAUUGACAGCCCCAAAUGGUAUUGGGCUGUCAAUUUCCCCUGCGUAAUGCAAAAUGACUGCAAAACGGCAAACUUCGCAAGGCUAUAUUAUCCGUAUUUUACAACAUUUCGCAACGAAACUUUGGAAUAUUAUUAAUUUUGUGAUGCUCUUUCAAGCUGUGAUAAAAUUUUUGUUUAGAUCAAAAUUUAGCAUUGAAUUUCCAUUGGCAUUGAAUUUGUCAUUUCAGGUCAGACGGUGAAAAUCGCCAUGCUGUGAAGAGACUUGAAGAAUCCUUUCAAAGAGUGGAAGAUGGUAAAUAUGCUCUUCGGCUUUUUGUUGUUUCAAACCAUCUUCAUACUUUAAAAAUCAGUUAUAAAUUAGAGAACAUUAAAAAUUGCAUUUUCGUUUUUUUAGAUUUACGAGGUUCUUGGUCUGAACGGUAGGUAUUUUAAAACAAUAAAAGGAAAUAAAUUACGCUGAUCUGAUUUUUGUCAAAACUGCUUGACACAGCCACGGGUUUCUCCAGGGCAGGAAAAAAGAAUUUUCUUCCUGGGAGCACAACCUGGAGACAAAAAUUUCCUGCAGACCAACGGAGUAUUUUUGUGCUAAAUCUGCAUGUGCAUAAACAUAUAGUGUUCUAGCUGACCAUGGUUUUCAAUUCAAGGAAUAAUGUCUGUCAACCAUAUGUUGUUGCGCCCAUAGGGGGACGUGGGUGUUAAGGUUUCCUUCAAAUUUUCAACAGCAAAUCUUCAUUCAAACGAAUUUCCUGCAGCUGUUUAACAUUUUCCUGCAAGCAGUGCUCGUCUAUUUUUUCCACCCCUGGGUUUCUCCUCUGGAAGUCGUUUGACGCAAAACCUUAAACGGUCGAAGCAUUUCAAUAUUUUUCUCGUUCAGACCACAAACCACUGCUAUACUGUAACAUCAUUAACGCGUCUUUGUGUUUUGCUCAGUGAACGGACUCGGAAAUCUCGUGAAGAGGCAGAAAGGAGGCAAAGAGCUGAAGAACUCGCCAGACAGGUUAGCUGUGACUCUAGCUUUCAUAUUUAAACUCCACCUACGAAGUUCUCCUUGUAUUUUUCAGGUAGUUGUAUCUCUAUAUCAAUCUGCAGAUUUCUCACUAUUGUCACUACCUACAGUACACUGACAGUUCGAGAUUAUAAAGUUGUUCUCGUCUUCCACAGGGAGCAGAGGCUGAAAGAGAGUUGUUAUCUGAAAGUGUGAGGCUAACUUUAGAGAAAGAACGAGAGAUUCAGGAUCUUCGCGAUCAGGCAAGUUUGACACCACUAUAGGUCGUUUACUUUUGCUGGAAAAUGUUCCGAACGUUCACAUAGUAGCUCUUACGCCCGUAUUCUAAAAGCUCACUCACACUCAAUGAGUGGAAGUUCAAUCUGAGCUUCUCUCGAUUGUAAUUGCUGUUUUUGAAUAGCUGGAGGGCUAGUGUCAUACCUUACUAUGUGACUACUCAUCCUCCAGCUAUUCAAAAACAGCAUUGACACUCAAGAGAAGCUCAGAUUGAGCCUCCACUCAUUGAGUGUGAGUGUGAGUGAGCUUUUAGAAUACGGGCGUUAUACUUUCAAUAUAUAAGUUUCCCUUGUUGAAUUAAAGAUUAUAAUUUGGUCAUUUGCAGCUACGUGAUAGUGAGAAAAAGACAAAAAAAGAUCAAGAACUUGAAUCAAAAGUUAGACAGAUUUACGACCAGGUGGGGGUUGUGUUGAUAUGUAGAAUCAUCAAUGUAAUAUACAUAAUGACGCAGAAGUUAGAGCAUAAAUUUCCUCUAUCUACACGAGCAGACGUGAGAAUCAAUGAGUGAUUCCAGAGCUAUAGACUAAAUUUUGAUCAAGGCAAGACGAACGAAAUCCAACACCACAGCUAGAAAGAGCGUCUUAGAAUGAGUAAAAUUGCAAAGAGUGGUUGCUAAAUGUUGUAAAUGACGAAAAUAUAGCCCUGCGAAGUUCGCAAAUUUUGUAUAUAUUUGUAUUACGCGCGGUAAAAAUAACCACUUUUGGCUCAAGAAUGGUUAUUUUUGCCGCGCGUAAUGCAAAUAUAUACAAAAUUUGCGAACUUCACAGUUCUAUCCCACUAUCUUGUACCCAACGUGGGCAGAGAGAAACACCUGGAGUCCACAUUGUAAGACAAUCCUAACAUGUUUUUGUCCUCUAUCAGGAACGUUUAGCAAGUAAAGAAAAAAAGGAGGUUGGGAAACUUCUUGAUGAACUGAAAAGUGUUAAGGUAGACUUGAAAUUACUUGAAAUCAGGUGAGGUUAUGUGAAAUGAUGCUACUUUGAGCCAGUAGAGCCUCAUCUCAAACAUGUGAAAUUGCUUUGUUUGGAAGCCAUGCACCGAGCAGAUACUGUGUGCGACAUGCACACACCCAGUAACAUGGCAUUAACUUCAUGAAUUAACUUCAUGAAGGCUCUUCGUCGUCAUUACACAUCGAGUCUUAUCCUGAGCGCUGUUUGGGCAUUUCUUACAGAACUUGAUGAACGAAAGUGCGAAUGAGAAGAAGAUAAAAAAUAAAAUGAAACUGAUAAAAAGGUACUAUUUCUGUUAGUAAUUAUUAGAAAGGUGAAAGGAGUUUGAAUUAAUCUUAACAAUAUCGCAAAACAGCCCCUCGUAUCAUUACAUUACAUAAACAUGUUUCAUUCUCUUUCUAAAGUGACGAUGAAGAAAUAGAAAGAUCAGAACGGGAACGACGUCUUUUAAAGAAACUAGAAGGUCUCAAUGAUAAACUAGAUAAUUGUGAAAGAGAGAAGGAAAAGGUUUGGGCUACAGCAGUUGACAUUUUUCAACUUUUCUUCUUCAAAUUUGCACCCGGUGGUACUUGUACUGGUCAUUAUACCUUUGUGGCAAAAGGCCUUCAUCUUUUCAUAAUGAUUGUUCGUUUUUCGUAGCUUGAACAAGACUUGGAGAGCGCUGUAAAGAGAUUGGAAUGGACAGACAGCGGACGAAGUGCUCUAUUGAAACAGGUAUAGAUGCCACUAGAUGCCCUCUAUGGAGAACAGCAAGGGCGGAUUUUCAUUUUUUUUAAAGGAGGGCUGGAAACAUUUCUAGUGAGUGCAAGCGGCAGCACUGAAUGAGCUUUGCAUGACAGGGGUUAGGCGUUAGAGUUGAAGACUUUCACACAAAAUAGGAGGAGUGAGGCGAAAUUUUGGUGGGGUUGAACACUUUAUAAAAGGGGUUAGAGAGAUUCUGGGGGGUAAAUCCCCCCAGUAAAUCCGCCCAUGGGGAACAGAUUAGAAUAGAAAAGCUAUCCAGUAUACAUAAUUAGUUAUACAGUAGUUUAGGUGGCGUUUCCUCCUGUAGUAAUACUGUACCAAUAAGGAAAGGCCUUUAUACUGGACCUUUAGAGAGAAUAGUUUAGAACUGACAAAUCUAGCAUAUUUAGCUUUAAUUGUUGUCCAACAGAUCGAAGAUUUGAAUGAAGAAAUGAAGAUGAGUGGAGAAGAUAAAGCUUCAGUCUUAGCGAGCCUGCGAGAUUGUAGGACGAAACUUGAAGAAAGUGAAUUACUGCGAGAACGUUUGACAAGUCGCAUGGAUACUUUAUUUAAAAAAAUUGAAAGUCAGGAACGCGAGAGGGAGACACUACUCCAACAACUGGAUCGUUUGAAUGAGAAGGUAAGCAGGAGUUUUUGGCGGAAAUGGGCGUGCUUAAGAUGCAUUUUGGUGUGAAAGCGCUGUAGAAUGUAACCUUGAUGCAUGCGCGUCUUUGUCUUUUUCCAAGCUCCGAGAAAAGAAUCGCGAGCUCGCUGAGAAAAUGGAGUAUGCGAAAGAACAAGAAAAACUUGCGAAAGAGAAUGAAGACAAGAAAGAAGAAUUGAAAUCUCGAGCACUGGAGACGAUUAAAGAGUAAGUUUUUAGAGAACAGAGUUGUAUUAUAGGGAGUAACUUUUUAGAGAACAGAGCUGUACUAUGGAGAGUAAGUUUUUAGAGAACAGAGCUGUAUUAUGGGGAGUAAGUUUUUAGAGAACAGAGCUGUACUAUGGAGAGUAAGUUUUUAGAGAACAGAGGUGUAUUAUAGGGAGUAAGUUUUUAGAGAACAGAGCUGUAUUAUGGGGAGUAAGUUUUUAGAGAACAAAGGUGUAUUAUAGGGAGUAAGUUUUUAGAGAACAGAGCUGUAUUAUGGGGAGUAAGUUUUUAGAGAACAGAGCUGUACUAUGGAGAGUAAGUUUUUAGAGAACAGAGGUGUAUUAUGGGGAGUAAGUUUUUAGAGAACAGAGCUGUAUUAUGGGGAGUACGUUUUUAGAGAACAGAGCUAUAUUAUGGGGAGUAAGUUUUUAGAGAACAGAGCUGUACUAUGGAGAGUAAAUUUUUAGAGAACAGAGGUGUAUUAUAGGGAGUAAGUUUUUAGAGAACAGAGCUGUGUUAUGGAGAGUAAGUUUUUAGAGAACAGAGCUGUACUAUGGAGAGUAAAUUUUUAGAGAACAGAGGUGUAUUAUAGGGAGUAAGUUUUUAGAGAACAGAGGUGUAUUAUGGGGAGUAAGUUUUUAGAGAACAGAGCUGUAUUAUGGGGAGUAAGUUUUUAGAGAACAGAGGUGUAUUAUGGGGAGUAAGUUUUUAGAGAACAGAGCUGUAUUAUGGGGAGUAAGUUUUUAGAGAACAGAGCUGUAUUAUGGGGAGUAAGUUUUUAGAGAACAGAGCUGUAUUAUGGGGAGUACGUUUUUAGAGAACAGAGGUGUAUUAUAGGGAGUAAGUUUUUAGAGAACAGAGGUGUAUUAUAGGGAGUAAGUUUUUAGAGAACAGAGGUGUACUAUGGAGAGUAAGUUUUUAGAGAACAGAGGUGUAUUAUAGGGAGUAAGUUUUUGGAGAACAGAGCUGUAUUAUGGAGAGUAAGUUUUUAGAGAACAGAGGUGUAUUAUAGGGAGUAAGUUUUUAGAGAACAGAGGUGUAUUAUAGGGAGUAAGUUUUUGGAGAACAGAGCUGUAUUAUGGAGAGUAAGUUUUUAGAGAACAGAGCUGUAUUAUAGGGAGUAAGUUUUUAGAGAACAGAGCUGUAUUAUGGGGAGUAAGUUUUCAGAGAACGGAGCUGUACUAUGGGGAGUACGUUUUUAGAGAACAGAGCUAUAUUAUGGGAAGAUCGUACAAUUUCUCUCAUUUCCCCUCCCGUUUUAGCUACAAAAUCAAAUGCAAGAAAAGCGAGAAAGAAGUAGAACGUUACAAGAAGGAGUCCGAAAAUGCGAAGGUACCGUUCAAUCCAUAGAACUCGAUUAUUUCUGUUGGUAUGUAAUAAUAUACGCUAGCAACGUUCUGCUGUAUAUCGUCAUAUAGUCUUCAACUGAUGUCAUUGUUUAGCAAUCGCAUUCAUGCAAAUGUAUUUUCUUAAUUGUUUUUCAAGGAAGAGCUCCGAAAACGUCAAAAAUACCAAGAUGAAGGUAGGCAGUGAUUAAUAUUAUAACUGAAGUCGAGCCCAAAUAUUGGAGGCGAGACUUAAUUGCCUGCCUCUUUGGCGAAAAUGAAUCCAAGGCGCUUUGUAAGUGAUAAUUAUACCACGAUAAUGAUUUCCUUUGUGAUCCUUUAAAAUGUUGUGAAUGGACCAUUUGCAUUAUAGACUAAAUUUUGAUCUAGACAAAAAUUUCAUCACAGCUUGAAAGAGCAUCACGAGAAAUUUGCAAUUUUCAGUCAUUUUGUAUUACAAAUGGGAAAUUGAUGCCCCAACACCCGAUUGGGCUGUCAAUUUCCCGUGCGUAAUACAAAAUGACUGAAAAACGGCAAACUUCGCAUGGCUAUAUUAUCCGCAUUUUACAACAUUUCGCAACGAAACUUUGGAACAUUACUAAUUUUGUGAUGCUCUUUCAAGCUGUGAUGAAAUUUUUGUCUAGAUCAAAAUUUAGUCUAUAAUGCAAAUGGUCCUUUGCAAAUGUAUUUCCUUUAUGUAAUAAUUUACCAUGCUUAUUACCCCCUUUUAAGGGAAAAUUCAGCUAUCAUUUCACAAUCUGAAAUUUUAUGUGGGUUGAAGGAUUUGUGAUAUACGAAUGAUUUGUGAUAUUUGAAUGCAUAUUGUGAUUGAUAUGUGAAAUUUAAAAUUGUGUAAUUUAUGUCUAACAAUUUUAUGACAUACGAAAUGAAAGGUAUAUAUAUGUGAAAAUUAAUUUCAGAUGUGAAAAUGUUAUUUUGUGCGUAGAAUUGGCCAUGGAACACUGGGAAUCAUAAUGUGAAAGUUUUGUAAGGGACCGAAGAAAUACGGAAGAUGAAAAUUCAGCACCUUUACGUCUUUUUCUUGUUGUUUAGGAACAACUAAAUCGCGAACUCUAGAGAAGGAGCUGAAGAAUACAAUGGUAAGUUAAUAUAAACUCGUACAACUAGUUUGCUCAAUGUUUUUGUUUUGUGAUUUUCGGUUCAUCAUUUGUACACGGUGUAUUUCUAGGAGCACCAGGAUAUGCUGAAGAUGGAGUUUGAAACAAGAUCAAAAGAGGUAUAUUUCAACUGAAUGUAUCUUUAUUUUAAGGUAUCACAAAGUACAUGAUGACGAGAACCUUCUUUUUUUGUGCGGUAAUACUUCUUUUUACAAGGUAUAAAGAUUUACAAUGUUCUAAUUGGUAGGCUGAAGCUGAAGCUUUAACUUUGAAGAAGCGUUUGAACUCUGUCUUGGACGAAAAUUUGAAACUACAGGAGGUACGUCAGUUUUAGAAAUGAAUGAAUCUCCCAAACCGAAACUUGCGAAGUUUUGCAUGAUUGAUGUGUUUUUUUAAAAAAUAUUAUUUGUUUAGACAUUAUCUUCGUGCAAGGAAGAAUGUAAAAUUUUAUUGGAACGACAACAG